AUGUCGAUUUGCAAGCUGGAACACGCCUCCAAUCACACAACAGUUUCGGAAAUUCUAGGACAGUGGAAGUCUUCAAAAUUCGGAAUCCAUAACGAUGAUGUCAAGCAACAACUCGCCCAAUUAUCCAUUUCCUUAAAACAUGAUGAAAUUCCGAUUUCGGGCUCCUUACAAAUCAAUUUCUCUAAAUUUAAAGAGUUACUUCACGAACAUGAGGAACAUCAAUAUUCCAAACACACAGCCAUGAAAAUAUUAGACCAAUGUGGUUUUCCUUCAAGUAAUAAGGAAGAGGUUCUUGUGGCUCGCUCCAGACUGAUCCGAGUGUUGAGGCCAGGAAUUUGUUGUGCUCACUCUACUUUGGAUGCAAGUGAAUUGGAAUUAUCCAGGACUUGGUACAGUCCAUUGCUUGACCUUGUAUCAUUAUUUCCAUCAAAAUUUAAAACAGAUGGGUAUGUUCUUUCUACAUUUAUGAAAAUCGAGAUUACUUUGUGGUCUAGGAACGUGCAAACAAACACGCUAGCAAACAUUUCUGAGCAAUUUGAAGAGAACUUGAAACAGGUGAUUUCUAAAAUGAAACCUGAUCGAUUUGUACAGUUUCAAUUGAACCCUUUUUCAAACCAAAGAAUUUCUGCCCCAUUGAUAAUGAUACGAGUGGUGGAAGAGGAUAAAACAAUGGAUAGCUCAGAAGGUCAUGAAGAUUUUAUAAAAUUGGUUACAGAGCUACGAGUUUUACAUAGCUACAAUGUGAGGGCUAUUUUUUUGGACCAAAAACAAAGCUUUCAUGAAACAUUCGCAACCUAUGGACUACUUGUGACUAAAACCUGUGUGGAUGUGAUUGCAAUCACAGUAGAUCUAGAAAAAGAUAACAAUCAAGACCGCAUGUAUUAUAAUCUUCAUCACAUUGGUUCAUUUGAAGGUGCACUAGAAGGCUCCCAAAGAUCACGCUUGGAAUUGUGUGCAUUGUUGUUGGCAAUAUUUAAAACGUGUGCUGACGAACAAAAACAAAUUGAAGAACAUUUGCAACAACGAAAGAAUAAGAAAUCGAGCAAAUUGAAAUCAGCACGUAAAAGUGUAGCAAGUCGCUCCUUUCAACUUGUGCGUAAUGAUGAGAUUGUCCUUAGUAAUGGUUUUGGUUACGAAAUUACGGGCAUUGUAGAGUCUUGUGUGGAUUCAUCCAAUGACAAACAAGUGGUUUUGGUGAAAUCGAAAACAACAUCGUUCUUCUUGAAAAUUUUUAGUCCCUCACUCAACUACUACGAUUGUAAACCAUCUUUUUCUCUGUACCUCACUGAUGCCAAAUCAUGUACGGUAUACCGUAACAAGACAUUCCACGUAGCACCAAACGAUUUUGAAGUCUCUUUAAGUGGUACAUGCUUGUCCCAACUACUUACGUUCCUUCCUGUGGAGAGCAAGAAACGUGUACUUAUGGACCUACUUUGUGAAAUGAAAUACAUUCAUUCUAAGAAUAUGAUCCAUAAUGAUAUCAAAUUGGAUAACAUUGUGAUUUAUACAGACACAAACCAAGUUCAAUAUUCAAAACUUAUUGAUUUUGAGUGCUGUAAAAUGUUUGUCAAGUACAAUAUGAAGGAUGAGGUGUGUUAUAGAAAUAAUGAAGAUACGUUGUUUUCUGGGUCAGGUACUCCUGGAUAUCAUCCUCCAGAAAAACUUGCCAUCAUUAACAACCCAAAUAAUUUGGAUCUUUGCAGUUCUUUAACACCCAAAUCCGACAUUUAUUCAUUGGGCAUUGUGUUUUUGGAACUUCUUACUGGAAGAUAUAUAAGCGAAUCGCAGGAAAUUCAAACAGCAUUAACAACACUCUCGAACGACAAUGAUUUUGCUCAUUUGCAAGAACUAAUUUCAAGUAUGAUUGAUCCAGAAAAAGCAAAACGCCCCAUGGCAAGCACAAUUAUAGAAACUCUCACUCGUGAGAAGGGAUGGGAUACGCAAUUGGCACAAGAAGCAUGGAAGAAAGCGCGAACACCAUUGACUUACGAUUUCUGGACAACACACGGCACCUUAGAAAUGGAUGUGGACAGUCAACCAUUGGACACUGGAAUUGAUAAUACCGAGAUGGAACAACUGUUAGAAGUUACAAGCGGCUUGGAAUCGACAGAAAACAAGAAACGAAACCACCCUGUUUUGGACGUCAUGGACACCAAGAAAAGGAAACAUUGA